UAUUAGCAUAACUCUAUAACCAAGCGCAGGGUCGUUCUACAUAUUGGUUAAGUUGGUUUGGUCGAGCUAGCCUAUUUUCUGACGAUGGAUUUUGUUAAAAAUGCUGCAGAAUUUGAACAUUUAUGGAUUGCAUUAGUCAUUGGAAUCGUUUUGCUGGUCGCUUGGUAUGGCAUGGCACCUUUUUCCUUCUUCAAAAACCUGGGCAUACCUGGUCCUACACCAUGGCCAUUUUUGGGAAAUCUUCCUCAGAUAAUGAGCAAGCCCCAUCAAAUGUUUUUGUUUGACAAAGAAGUGGCUGAGAAGUAUGGAAGAGUAGCAGGGGUUUAUCUUGGUCGUAAACCAACUUAUGUGAUCUCGGAUGUUGAUCUAAUCAAGCAGAUCACUGUGAAAGAAUUUAGUAAAUUCCCAAACAGACCACUUUCUAGUAUUGGAAGUCAGUCUAUAUUUGAUAACAAGAGCUUGUUAACACUUGAAGAUGAAGAAUGGAGAAGAAUCCGUGUUACAAUCACUCCAACAUUCAGUGCACUGAAACUUAAACAGAUUACCCCUUUGGUUCACCAGUCAGCAAAGACACUGGGCAAAAAACUUGAACAAAUUGCUAAGACAGGAGAGAUAGUGGACAUGUGGAGGACUUAUGGAAAAUUCACCAUGGAAGUAAUCUUGGCUACAGCAUUUGGUGUCCAGGCAGACAUACAGAAUGAUGCCAAUGAGCAGUACACUCCAAAUGCAGAGGUUCUUUUUAAACAGCCUCCUCUUUCAUUUAUUUUAAUGGUGUUUCCAUUUAUGGCACGGUUGUUUCGGUUGGUGAUGAAGCUGAUACUGAGGUCGGAAAGUACUGAACGAUCAAAGUCAGCAAUGUUUUUAACUAAAGCUGCACAAGAAGUGAUGAGAAUGAGGAGAGAGUCUGGAGCUGCACAGAGGAAAGACGUAUUGGAGUUGAUGAUGAAAGCAGAGGUCACAGACAGUGAAGGGAAGAAAGUUAGUAAACUGACUGAUGGUGAAGUUCUGUCACAAUCUUUCACCUUCAUCUUGGCUGGAUAUGAAACAACAAGCAAUGCUUUAGCCUACACGACUUACUGUCUGGCACUGAACCCUGAAGUGCAAGAGAAACUGAUUGAAGAAAUUGAUGGGGCUGUUGGAGAUGAUGAAAAUGCUGCUUAUGACACAGUUCAGAACUUAGAGUACUUGGACAUGGUGUUAAAUGAAGCAUUGCGUCUCUUUCCUCCCGCUUUCAGGUUCGGCCGUGCUGUUAAAGAAAGUUGUACCUUAAAUGGUGUGCAGUUUGUUAAAGGUUCAGUGGUGAUUUUUCCUGUUUAUCAUUUGCACCGUGACCCAGAAUACUGGCCAGAUCCAGAAACCUUUGAUCCUGAAAGGUUUUCCCAGGAGGCUAAACAGCAGCGCAGCCCAUAUUGCUUCCUUCCAUUUGGCACAGGGCCACGCUCAUGCAUUGGGAUGAGAUUUGCGCUCAUGGAAGCUAAGAUGGCUCUGGUUCACAUUCUUAAGAGGUUUAAGUUUGAGCGCUCUGCAGAAACUGAGGUACCUCUUGAGCUCAAGGCAACAAUCACAAUGGCGCCAAAGAACGGAAUCCGUGUGAAGAUUGUUUCAAGGGAAUAAGUCUCAAACAAAGGGAUAGUUUUUCUGAUUAUUACCAUAAUUUUUUUUGAAUUGCUUAUUUAAUGAUUUUCAUCUUAGACACACUACAUUGCAGGUAGAAAACAUGAAAAAUGGCAAAGCAGUUAAGUAGAUUGAUGGCAUCAAAGUAACAAGGAAAAUCAUUUUUCAUAGUCCUUUGUGUGUUAACGUUGCCUUGUAUUAUCCCGUCAUUAAGCAAUGGUCAUUUUUGAAGACAUACUUUCUUGUGAAAAUCAUGUUAAAGUUUCGCCACUUGAUGUAGGAUCACAACUUGAGAAUUUAUUAUACUGACACCUGUUUGGCAUAUGAAGGUAUAUAUACAUUCAUUUGACAAAUUAUUAUUUUGUAAUCAAUACUUGUUAAUUUAAUAACCUUUAGCUGUCAGAACUGAAUGAUGCAUAACCACUCCAUGCAGUAUCAUCACACUGUAUGCUAAUGUA